GCCUGACGCCUCCCUCGGCCGGGCGGCCAUGGUGGCGGGGCGGCGGUGGCGGCGCUGAGCAGCGCGGCCAUGGCGGGUCCCGGCGCGGCCCAUCCGCGCCUGGCGCUGGCUCUCGCCGCUCUGGCGGCGCUGGUCGCCGUCAAGUACUACCGGGACGCUGAGGCAGCCCGGCAGCAGGAGCUGGCGCUGAAGUCUUUGGGAAGUGAGGGGAUGUUUCUCUUUUCUUCUCUGGACACAAACAAUGAUCUGUACCUCAGUCCCGAAGAGUUCAAGCCAAUAGCUGAGAAGCUGACAGGGGUUGCUCCCGUCUCAGAAUUUGAAGAGGAGGAGACAUCUGAUACAAGCGGGGAGACAUUGUCCAUCGUGGCUAAAUUCCAGCCUUUGGUCAUGGAAACGAUGACGAAGAGCAAAGACGGUUUCUUGGGAAUUUCUCAUGUUGCCCUCUCUGGGCUGAGGAACUGGACUGCCCCAGCAGCCCCUAUGAGCGUGUUGCUUGCCAGGCAGUUUAAAGCCUUUCUUCCUCCAAAGAAUAAACUGGAUCUCGGGGAUCCAUGGUGGAUAAUUCCUAGUGAAUUGAACAUCUUCACUGGGUAUCUUCCCAACAACAGAUUUUACCCUCCGCCUCCCAAGGGCAAAGAGAUCAUCAUCCACAAGCUUCUGAGCAUGUUCCACCCACGCCCCUUUGUGAAAACCCGCUUUGCUCCGCAGGGAGCUGUGGCCUGCAUCCAAGCCAUCAGCACCUUCUACUACACCAUCGCCUUCAGGAUCCACGCCGAGUUCCAGCUGAAUGAGCCACCACACUUCCCCUUCUGGUUUUCCCCAGGCCAGUUCACAGGUCACAUCAUCCUCUCCAAGGAUUCUUCCCAUGUCCGAGAAUUUAAGCUCUUUGUCCCUAACAACAGGUCUCUGAAUGUUGAUAUGGAGUGGCUGUAUGGAGCAAGUGAAAGCAGCAACAUGGAGGUGGAUAUUGGAUACCUGCCUCAGAUGGAGCUUGAAUCAACUGGACCUUCCAUCCCCUCUGUGAUCCAUGAUGAGAAUGGAAAUGUGAUUGACAGCAGGGAUCCCUCAGGGGAGCCCAUCCAGUUUGUGUUUGAAGAGAUAACCUGGCAGCAGGAAAUACCCUGGGAAGAGGCAGCCCAGAAACUGGAAGUGGCCAUGUAUCCAUUUAAGAAGGUCUCCUAUCUUCCCUUCACACAAGCUUUUGAGAGAGCAAAAGCAGAAAAGAAGUUGGUGCACUCGAUCCUGCUGUGGGGUGCCCUGGACGACCAGUCCUGCUGAGGUUCAGGGCGAACUCUCCGGGAGACCGUCCUGGAAAGUUCGCCCAUCCUCACCCUGUUGAAUGAGAGCUUCAUCAGCAGCUGGUCACUGGUGAAGGAGCUGGAAGAGCUGCAGAACAACAGAGAAAAUGAGUUCUACAGCAAGCUGGCUGACCUGCACCUGGAGAAAUACAACUUCCCCGUUGAGAUGAUCAUCUGCCUCCCUAAUGGCACGGUGAUUCACCAUAUUAAUGCAAACUACUUCCUGGACAUUACUUCUAUGAAGCCUGAAGAUGUUGAAAGCAGCAUCUUUAGUUUCUCAACCAAUUUUGAAGACCCUUCAACUGCAACUUACCUCCAGUUCCUGAAGGAAGGACUGCAAAGAGCAAAGCCAUACUUGCAGACCUAAAACCAAAGGCACCUGAAUGCCCCACAGAGAUGGACAAAGACUUCAGAGAUCUACUUUGACUACAGAAAUUCUUCCUUGUC